AUGUUACUUUAGUAAGUGGCACGGAAUUACAUCACGUAAGAGUGAUGCUUACUUUUGUGAAAGUUUGUUAAAUAGAUCUUCGAAUGUGAAACACUCUGGAAUCAACGUGUAUAAGAACUUUGCACCACAGUUGUGACAUUUGCGGAGGGUGUUGUGGCUGAUGUAGUUAUGUACUUGCAAAGUUUUACGAAGCGGUAGUUGUCUCGAUUCCCAAGCUUUUCAUUUCCUGCUCACUGAAUUCAACGCAGGAAUCACAAUGAGCUUCUUUGGAUUUGGGCAGAGUGCUGAGAUUGACAUUGUUUUAGAUGGCACAGAGAACCGUAAAAUGGCAGAUAUCAAGUCGGAGGAUGGGAAAAAAGAGAGACAUUAUCUUUUUUACGAUGGAGAGACUGUAUCUGGGAAGGUGAAUGUAACCCUGAAAAAGUAUGGCUCAAAGCUGGAACACCAAGGAAUAAAAAUAGAAUUCAUUGGUCAGAUUGAACUCUAUUAUGACAGAGGCAAUCAUCAUGAGUUCACAUCUCUAGUCAAAGAACUAGCUCGUCCUGGUGAACUUAUGCAAAAUAUGUCCUAUGCUUUUGAGUUCCUUAACGUUGAAAAGCCUUUCGAGUCGUACACUGGUUCAAAUGUACGACUUCGGUAUUUUUUGAGAGUUACUAUUGUGAGAAGGCUUUCAGACAUAAUUAAGGAAAUGGAUAUUGUUGUUCACACCUUAUCUUGCUACCCAGAAAUGAACAACAGCAUAAAAAUGGAAGUUGGCAUAGAAGACUGCUUACAUAUAGAAUUUGAGUACAAUAAAUCAAAGUAUCAUUUAAAAGACGUUAUAGUGGGAAAGAUAUACUUUUUGCUUGUGCGCAUAAAAAUCAAACAUAUGGAGAUUGCAAUAAUCAAAAGGGAAACCACAGGAUCUGGACCAAACACAUUCACAGAAAAUGAAACUAUAGCAAAAUAUGAAAUAAUGGAUGGAGCUCCAGUCAGAGGAGAGAGCAUUCCAAUAAGAGUAUUUCUUGCCGGCUAUGAUCUUACUCCUACAAUGAGAGAUAUUAACAAAAAAUUUUCAGUGCGGUAUUAUUUGAAUCUCGUGCUUAUGGAUGAAGAAGAUCGCCGUUAUUUCAAGCAACAGGAAAUAACGUUAUGGCGAAAGGGUGAAAAAACUCGAAAAAAUCUUCAAACAUCCUCAAGGACAUCACCCCAACUGCCUCAUGCAAUUCCAGGAACUCAGGAACACACCUCCAACCAACCAAUUGAAGAUAUGAAACGAGAAGACGAAGACAAGGGUACAGUGUCAGGUGCUGAGAAUGAUUUGAGAAGGAAAGCGGCUGUUGAUGGUGACAAGGCUGAUGACUGACUGCACAAAAGCCAGAUUGUGUAAAGUACUAUGCAGAUAUGUUCACAUGCUCCCAUUCCUGAUGCACAUGGUCAUGUGAAAUAUGUAACUGUGCUUAAGAACUUCGAGUAUUUACUACUGGGAGUGCUGUUCUCAUUACUCAGUGACUCUGUACAUAGCACACAUUUUUUGUAACUAUAUUCAGUGUGCAGUAUGUAUCAAUUUUGUCCUACAAAUACUGUGUUUUUCUUGUAUGAUGUAUUGCAUAUAUGUGCCAUUAUCUUCAGGAGAUGUGAAAUCUGUCUGUAUAGUCUUUUACAAAGCAGCUUUUAGUAAAAGAAUGUUGUUCUCUAAAUAUUUUGUUAUGUGAAAAGACAGCAAUCAAAUCAGUGCUGCUGUUGAAAUGAAAUGUUAUAACUCGAAGUGGGAUUUAUACAUUCUGGAUAACAUUAUGAUUCAAUAUAUACAUAUUGAAUGACAUCAUGAUUCAAAAAGGAAAAAUUGAGCCUUUUAUGAAAGUAGUUUUUUUUUUUUGAAGUGUUAUUUUAUACCAGUGUCUGGCACUACUUUCUUUUUGCAGUGUUGCUGAUGUGAUGAUGAUGAUGAUGUCCUUUAUGUGUGUUUAUGUAUUUUGGUAGUUUUUCUCUGUUUUAUUUGAAAGAGUUCUGUAUGUUUUAUUGAAAAUGUAUUGUUUUCAAUAUUUUGUUACUUUGUCUGUACUUUAUGCUUAUCUCUCUUUCAUUCUAAAUAUGUUAUUUAUGCCCCGUAAUUGGUUGAGAACAUAAAUAAGAUGAAAUUGUAAAGUAAAUAAUGUUUUAGCUUGUCAUCAUUGCAGUUAAUACUCGUGGAAGAGUCAAGAAUAAUUAUAUUGUGUCUGUUGAUUUGCGGAGAAUGUUAGAACUUCAAGAUGUAAGUGGUGAAAGCAACAAUAUUUUAACAUGUUGCAGAAUGUUAAACUAUGUAGAGAGUUACUCAGAGAGCGCCUCAGAGUUAUAUUUUCAGUUUCCACUGUCUCAGUAACUGUGAAUGUGCAUGUUUGAGAAAUGAUAUGUAACAUAUAUGUUGAGGAAGUAACUAAGCUGUACAGUAAUAUAUGUUGCUUAUUAAAGCAAUUUUCAUAGCAGACUAAGUAAUUUCAGUGUUAUAUUGCAUUGUGAUUAAUAUCUUUCUUGUAUUCAGAGGUGUGUGUGUGUGUGUGUGUGUGUGUGUGUGUGUGUGUGUGUGUGUGUGUGUGUGUGUAGUAAAAUGAAAUGCUGUUAUAGUCCUACCAAGGUACACCACAUGAUGUAUCUGAGUGGGAAUCUAUUUGGAAGUUAAAUAGAUCUGUUUGUAUUUUUAAUGUAGCCUUUAUUUUCUUCUUUCUCAAGAUUCGUUGACAAAUCUAAUUUUCAAUCUGAGAAUAUUUUAUCACAAUUAUGAAGUGAGAAGCUAAAAAUUAAAGUUUUCUUAUAAAAAAAGUAAUUAGAAUUACACAGAAUUACAUUUUUAAAAGUGCCAAGGAGGCUGUUGACAACUAAAUUAAUUGUAAUAUACUGAAAAUUGUAAAUUGAAGGGAAAUAAUUGUAUCACAAAGUAAAAUAACACCCAACAUUUUGAGUGCAUGUAAAGCAAUUUGUGUCAAUGGUUUUCCUGUUAGAACCUGCUCAAGUGCAUUGGGUCUCACCUAUGCCAAUUUCCUUCAGUGCAGCUGUAGAGAGACAAUUGCUUUAAAUUGAGGUUACAUCUAGAAAACCACUGUGAAUGUGUGCCAUGCACUUGGGAUAGGGAGGAUGAGUGGCACAGCUGGGGCACACGUGUUCACGUAUGUCCUGUCUCUGACGUACAAAUUCGGAGGUUGUCUGAAAAUACUCAUUCAUCGUCAUCACAACUACUUCAUUUCACUGAAAAUAUUUUCCAGGUUUCCAGGUACAACUUUCUAUAAUGGUGGGAUAUGUAGAAUUGUGUGUGCCAAAAUCUAAAUAAUAUGGUGGAUACACUAAAAAUUUGUUCCUCAGUUUUCCUACUACCACUGCUCUUUUCUGAGCUGAAGAAUUGUGCUAAUGAAAGAUGAUAAAAGUUUAUUUUAUUUCAUCCAGUUGGGCAGGCAUAUUGGUGUAAUAUUCACCAGUCAUGGUUGUAUCAUUUGAAAAGGUAGCUGAUGAGAAGCUGAUGACAACUUUUCCAGCUGUUGAACUUAACUCCACAUUGUUUUUGUGUGAAUCUGCCCACUUCUUCGACUCCAGUUUAAUUUCUUCAUUCAUGUUCAAAAGAAUAUAUGAGGCACUUGAUGUAGCAGUUUAAAACCCCUUAGGACUUGAUGGCACUGUCACAGCACAAGCUUCAUAAGUGUCUGCUUCCUGCAUUGCCACCAGGCAUUUUUUUUAUGUGGCAAAUACAAGAGUGAGAUCUGCUAUUGCCAAGUUAUUUACUAAAAAGUCUCAUAAAUCUUGUGAAAUUUUCUAGAAGCCUUUGAACUCACCAUUGUUGAUAUUGGGAUACUCUUUCAUUGAAAACAUUAUGAUGACAACAUAAGUUUACUGAACUGAAUUUUCAAAACAAAAAGAAAAUCUUUGUUCAAAGUAGUCACAUCUUAAUAUUAAAUUACAUCAAUGAUUUUUUUCUGUUUAUUUUUACUCUAGUGAACCCCUAGAUCUGACACUUAGUGACAGAAUUUCCAAUUGCAUCUAUCAGAAAGAGGUUAUGAAUAAGGAAGAAUAAAAGCAAGUUUAGCAUUUAACAUUCCAUCACCAACAAAGUGGUUAGAGGUUAGAGAUGGAGUGCAAACUAGGAUUGGGGAAUUAAUUGGUGAGUUUGUUUCUCUCUCUCUCUCUCUCUCUCUCUCUCUCUCUCUCUCUCUCUCUCUCUCUCUCUCUUUCAGGUGAG